AUGAAAGGAAUCCCUCCACUGGAGAAGCUGGUGUUCUUGGCUGUCAUUGCAGCAAAGCUGGGGCUAGAACGCAUGUUUCCUGACUCCCAGAUCAGAUGGGUACAGACUGAGGUUUGGCUUCGAGCUGUGAGCUCUGCCCUUCUGGGCACUUUUCCUUACAGGCCCCACUGCCAGCUGUUUGAGGCUCUGAGUGAUCAUGUCAUGCUUGCCUUUUCCUCUUCCACAGCCCGGAAACUAAAGAAACUUGGGAACUUAAAGCUGCAGGAGGAAGGCGAGCCCUCCAGCUCCACCAGCCCCAAUGAAGACCAGGGGCAGAAGCUCACCGUGUCCCACAUUGAAGGCUACGAAUGCCAACCCAUUUUCCUGAAUGUCCUGGAGGCCAUUGAACCUGGCGUGGUGUGCGCUGGGCAUGACAACAACCAGCCUGACUCCUUUGCUGCUCUGCUCUCCAGCCUGAACGAGCUGGGCGAAAGACAGCUGGUGCAUGUGGUCAAGUGGGCCAAGGCUCUGCCUGGGUUCCGGAACCUGCAUGUAGAUGACCAGAUGGCUGUUAUUCAGUACUCCUGGAUGGGACUGAUGGUGUUCGCCAUGGGCUGGAGAUCUUUCACCAACGUUAAUUCCAGGAUGCUUUACUUUGCCCCUGACCUGGUGUUUAAUGAAUACCGGAUGCACAAAUCAAGGAUGUACAGCCAGUGUGUGCGGAUGAGACAUCUCUCCCAGGAGUUUGGCUGGCUCCAGAUCACACCACAAGAAUUUCUCUGCAUGAAGGCCCUGCUACUCUUCAGUAUUAUUCCAGUGGAUGGACUGAAGAAUCAGAAAUUUUUUGAUGAACUUCGAAUGAAUUACAUCAAAGAGCUCGAUCGGAUCAUUGCCUGCAAGAGAAAGAACCCGACCUCUUGCUCUCGACGCUUUUAUCAGCUCACCAAACUCCUGGAUUCUGUGCAGCCUAUUGCCAGAGAGCUGCACCAGUUCACCUUUGACCUGCUAAUCAAAUCACACAUGGUGAGCGUAGACUUUCCCGAGAUGAUGGCUGAGAUCAUCUCCGUACAAGUGCCCAAGAUCCUUUCCGGAAAAGUCAAGCCCAUCUAUUUCCACACACAGUGAAGCUUCGCAAGCCCUUUCUUCCUCCCCCCUUUUCUGCCGUCUUCUGCCUGUUGUGAUUCUGCACUACUGUUCUGCAGUGCCUUGGGAAAUUCCCUCUAUUGAUGUACAGUGUGUCCUGGAGAUCAUCCUAACUCCUUACUACCUUCUAAACUUCUCUUCCUUUCUAUCCCUACCUUCCUUACCAUUAUCCAUCCUCUCUUCCACAGCCUCUUCUUUG